AUGUUGGACCAAAUGGCGAACGAAAUCAAACUCAUCUCGGGGAGCUCCCACCCGGAGAUCAGUGCCAAGGUCGCCAGUCGACUCGGCAUUGAUAUCGCAAACACUAUGAGCUUGAACUACUCCAACCGAGAGACUAGUGUUUCUAUCGGAGAGUCUGUCCGUGACGAGGAUGUGUUUAUUCUCCAGUCUACUGCUCCUGGAGAUGUCAACGAUGGCCUCAUGGAGUUGCUCAUCAUGAUUCAUGCUUGUCGAACUGCCUCGGCCAGACGGAUCACUGCUGUUAUCCCCAGCUUUCCUUAUGCGCGACAGGACAAGAAGGACAAGUCACGAGCUCCUAUCAGUGCCAAGCUGAUUGCAAACAUGCUCCAGGUUUCUGGUUGCAAUCAUGUUAUCACAAUGGAUCUUCAUGCCUCGCAAAUUCAGGGCUUCUUCAACGUCCCCGUGGACAACCUCUACGCUGAACCUUCCGUGCUUCGCUGGAUCCGUGAGAACCUCAGUGUCGAUAACUGUGUCAUCGUUUCUCCCGAUGCCGGUGGAGCCAAGCGUGCGACAUCUCUUGCUGACCGCCUGAACACCGGUUUCGCUCUCAUCCACAAGGAGCGACCCCGACCUAACGUUGUUGGUCGCAUGGUUCUUGUCGGUGAUGUCAGUGACAAGGUCGCCAUUCUUGUUGACGACAUGGCCGACACCUGUGGCACCCUCGCCAAGGCUGCUGCCACCGUCAAUGAGCAUGGCGCCAGGGAGGUGUAUGCAAUUGUUACUCACGGUAUUCUGAGUGGUAAGGCCAUCGACACUAUUAACAACUCAUGCCUCUCUGGCCUCGUUGUCACCAACACUGUUCCUUUGGGUGACAAGAUUGAGCGAUGCCCCAAGCUCAAGGUCAUUGAUGUGUCCGGAACACUUGCUGAGGCUAUUCGACGAACUCAUAACGGAGAAUCCGUGUCUUACCUCUUCAACAACGUCCCCGUUUAA